AUGUCAGAGUACCCCAGUGAGCAGGAGCAUCAAACCGGGGACCAGAUCCCUGAGGAAGAGUUCAUCACAAACCAGGAAGUGGACCAAGAAGUGGUGUUGGACGACAACGACAACGAUGGGGACUUUCCAGUGGACGAGGACGACCUAGAAGAAAUUGACGGCGCCGGCGAGGAUGCGGAGGAUGAGGAAGACACGAUAGAGAUUGACAUGUCCAACAACUCGAUCGCGUACUUCGACAAACACACGGACUCGGUCUUCUCUAUUUUUGCCCAUCCCACAUUGCCCUUGGUGUGCAGCGGUGGUGGCGACAACACAGCGUACCUGUGGACGUCGCACUCGCAGCCUCCCAAAUUCGCGGGUUCAAUUGCGCAUUCGGAAUCCGUGAUCGGCGGCGGCUUUACCCCGGACGGCCAGUUUUUGAUCACUGCAGACAUGAACGGCCAGAUUCUAGUUCACAAGGCCUCGAACGGCGGUGCAAAGUGGAAGAAGUGCGCAGAACUGCAAGAAGUGCAGGAAGUUGUGUGGAUUAAAGUGCAUCCCACUGUGUCAGGCGUUUUUGCAUUCGGUUCCACAGAUGGUUCUGUGUGGUGCUACCAAGUUGACUCCCAGAGCGGCGAACUCGAGCAGAUUAUGAGUCAGUUCGUGCACCAAUCCGAUUGCACUAUGGGCGAGUUCAUUAAUGUGGAGCAGGGCGACGCAAACUUGUCGCUGGUUACUUGCUCCUUGGACAGCACAAUCAUAGGUUGGAGCUGUUACACAAACCAGCAGAUCUUUAAGGUCACAAGCUCGGAGAUAAGGGGCUACGAAGCGCCUUGGGUUUCGCUCGCCAAGGCACCUGUGUCCAUGACUAAAAACACCCCAGUAGUAGCGUGUGGUGCCAACAACGGUACAAUGGCGAUCCUGAAUUGCAGCAAUGGUGCGGUUUUGCAGCUCAGCAUUGUGAUUGAGUUGCAAGCUGAUCAGGACGAACUGGAUGCUUCGAUAGAAUCCAUCGCAUGGUCAGAGAAGCUGCCGUUGAUGGCAGUUGGGCUAGUGUCAGGCGAGGUUUUGCUGUACGACGCGCUGACCUGGAGAAUAAGACGUAAGUUUGUGUUGCCGGAUUCCGUAACAAAGCUACAGUUCGAGGACUCGGCAGCCACCACUCUAUUAGCUUCUUGCAUAAACGGAAAAGUGUACCAAUACGACGCGAGGACAGGCUCAGAGAAGUUUGUGUGCGUCGGUCACAACAUGGGCGUCCUGGACUUUGUACUGAUUGAGAACGGAAAGAAACUGAUAACAGCUGGCGAUGAAGGAGUGUCACUGGUUUACCAACUGCCUUAG